AGGGUGAUCUUCAACCCAUAAGCACGGGUGGUCUUUGUCCUAUUCUGUGCUCUUCUCCCCAACGCAGACAUUUCAGGCUAUGCGCGUCAUUUGCAAACCAUGACCAGCAGCCAUGAAUGCCCUACCGAGCACCGUAGCCGAGUCGGUCUGGGGGGCGAGGAUAGAAUAAAAGCAUUAUUCUUCCCCAUUCUUUGAUUCUUGUUGAUCGAUUCUAUUCCCCGAUCGCCAACUUCGAGAUCCCCACGUACUUGUCUAGGUAUUGUACGUUACGUACUUUGCUGCGGAGUUAAGGUCCUAGAAGAAGAAUUAGAAAAAGCAACGCCAUGGCGGGCUGGUAUUCCAUUGGAAUCGCGCUCUUCGCCGCCAUCGGCACAUUUCUCUUCGGCUUUGACACGGGCAUCGCUACUACGACCAUCGCCCACGAAAGUUGGAUCGAUUACAUGAACCAUCCCUCCAAUGGACUCACCGGUGCGGUAGUAGCCGUGUACAUCGCGGGCGAGGCCGUCGGCGCGCUCACCCAGACUUUCAUAGGGGAUAAGUUGGGUCGCAUCCGAUUUAUGCAGCUCCUGUGCAUCAUCGUCACGAUCGGCACCACCAUCCAGACCGCCUCCGUCAACAUCGGCAUGUUCCUAGCCGGCCGCGCCAUCGCCGGCAUGGCUGUCGGCGGCAUGGUCGCCACCGUCCCCAUCUACCUCAGCGAGAUCUCCGCCCCCGACCAGCGCGGCCUCAUCGGCGGUAUCUCCGGCUGCGGCAUCGCCUUCGGCACCAUGAUGUCCAACUGGGUCGGCUUCGCCUGCUCCUACGCCCCGUACGGCUCCACGCAAUGGCGCUUGCCUCUCGGCAUCCAGAUCCCAUGGGGCGUGAUCAUGUUCACGGGGCUAUCGACAUUCAUGCCAGACUCUCCGCGCCAGCUUCUUCGCAACGGGAAAGUCGAGGCCGCGAGGCGCGAGUUCGUGAAAGUGCGCCGCGACCUCGGAUCGCAUGAAGUGCACGAGGAGUUCGCGCUGAUGCGCGCGCAGAUCGAGUUCGAGAUGGCGCGCGAGAUCAAGUCGUUCCGCGAGGUGUUUACGCUCUUUGGCCGUCGCGCUUUCGUCUCGAUCGUCGUGCAGACUAUGACUAGCUUGACGGGAGUAAACGUAAUCCAAUACUACCAAACUACGCUCUACCGGUCGCUCGGCAUACAGCAGCAGACGAUCCUUGCGCUGGCGGGCGUCUACGGCACUGUGGCUUUUAUCUCGAAUAGCAUCACGACGCGGUAUUUGACGGACCAGUGGGGACGCCGGAAGAUGAUUAUAUCGGGUACCUUGGGCCUGACGUUGAUUAUGAUUUACGCCGCGGUGAUGCAGCGGAUUUUCCAGAACAGCGAUAAUAGGGUUGGCAAGGGUUUCGCGGUCCUGGGCAUUUACUUGUAUGUGGCGUGGUACUAUGCGAUGAUCAACAGUACGACGUGGCUCUACGGCGCUGAAGUGUUACCUAUCGCUCUGCGAAGCAAGGUCAUGGGUCUCGCCGCGGCGGGCCACUUCAUCGUCAACGUUGGUGUUACGGAGGCCGGACCCAGCGCGUUCGCUAAUAUCGGCGAAAAUUAUUAUUACGUCUUCGUUGGGUGCACUUUGGUCUUUCUAAUUCUCGCCUACUUGUACUUCCCAGAAACGCGCCGGAAGACUCUUGAGGAAAUUGCGCGGGCUUUUGGUGAUAAGGUGGUUCUUGUUGAUGAAGGGCCGAUCCAUGGGGAGCAUUUAGGGGGACACGAUGAGGAAACGGCAAGCGUUGUGAAGGAGGAGAAUAAGGCUACAGCAUCGACUACGUCUACGAUUCCCCCUAGCCACGGAUCUGCGUCAUAAGAAAGACUGCCUAUCCCGAGUAUACAGGAGUUGAGCUACUAUAUUAGAUGUGUGUACCUACCUGGGUAGCUAAUUUCUACCACCAGUAGUGUCUUUUGAAGAGUUAAUCGUCAGAUUAGUACCUAGUCUAGUGUUCUAGCUAACAGUGCUGGCUCCAUGUUGUACCCUCAUACGCCAAGCC